AAUUUCUCAAAUAAAAUCUGACAGCUGAAUGUGACAAGUAUAAUCGAAAUACGUGAUUCUAAUGUGAAGCGUCGUAUGGUAGAUAAGAGUCGAAAUAAGUGCAAAACACGAUGCGUUAUGGAUUCACAAAUAAUCUAUCGAAAUGCGAUUAAAGGCUCGAACCAUUUUUUUAUCGAGAAUUUUUUCUGCCACUGAUAAAAACGGACGCUGAAUACGAAGACAGUUGGACAACGCAGAAUGAACGCUAGUAAUAGUUACGUAUCUUUCAAUUUUUGCUUAAACUUUACUUGAAAUUUCGUCAAAAGCGUUAGCGUGCACGCUGACGCGCAACUUUCGCGAUUAUUUUUAAUCGACCUACGAUAUAUAUUCCGAUAGAACGAUAAUCAAAUCAAUUGGUUGUAUAGCUUUUGUCGAAUAAAUUUUUGGCAAAACCUGUUUUUCCUUUUCUUUCGCCGUUACAAAAGUAACUUGAAGUACUCUCGUAUUUCCUUAGGAACUUCGAUUUCGAUCGUUAUUCGGAAUUUUUCAUUGCGAUUCGUGAAAACAUUAUCGGUUCGUUCUCCACAGACUUUAUUUUAGUUACGAACAUGGCCACGGGAUUUCACUGAAGUGUAAAAUAUGAUUAAGCAGGACGUCGGUAUCAAUGCGACUUCCUUGACGGGUGAUAUCGUCGGCGCACGUGCUGCUCUUCUCUUCUCGGCGAUUCUCUUAGUCGAGAGACGAGAGAUACUCGUCAACGAGUCGGUGCUCUCGAAAUGUGGAUGUGGAUACGUUACCACGAAAUCGUCGCCAUGCGACAAGAACAAUAAAUUGAACGAGCAGUCGAAAACUUGGAAACGAAUCUCCUCUGUUUACUGGAAACGCGAAUUUUGCCAAUCGAUCGAUCUUACGCAGUGCAAAAUUAUUCCUUGCGUAAUAAAUUUGUACCCAAGUGAGUGACGAGUGCCAUUGGACACCGAAGAAACGAAGUGUUCGAGGAUGGGAUUUUAAAACCAGUUGCGGAUUUUUCGCAUAAAUGAAGAAUCGAAGUAACGAUGGAAUGAUUUUUUGAUCAAACGCAAGCAACUUGGUAGCUUGUAUCAGUAGCUAUUUUUAUCGAUUUAUUUAAAACAUUAUCUAAUUCUAAAUUAUAAAUCUUCAUAGUCUCUUAUGUAGAGAAUUAGAAAGUCAAAGGUAAAGAUCCAAAGGCGAAGAUAUUGAAACGUUGCAAAGUUCGAGCUCGAGGAAGAAACAGAGGCAAAGCAAUCGCGUUUCUUUGCGUGAGAAGGUCUGGAAAGAUAGAAAUACGAUUUUACGAGCUGUGACUCGUAUCGAUCGAUCGAACUGGACGACGAAAAGAACCCAUCUACCCAACCAAACAUCCUGGCGAUCGUGCAUCCGACCGAAAAGUCAAUAAAUCGUUGGUUUUCUUGUUGUUUGCGGCGCGAGGCGCGGGCUCGAUCGAUAAAUCAACGUCGAUUUGAUCCCCGCGCGAGCAUCAAUUACAGGACCUUCCCUUUGACAUUAAUUUAUUAGCGGCGGGAAACGUAAUAUCGCGAAUGAUCGGCGACCUAACCAUCGUUCGAGGCGUGACGCGGAAAACCGGCGAACAAGAGGAACAAAGAGGAAAAGGGCGACCACCAGUUGAGCAGCUUUCGGCAGCGUAGCAAAGAUGACGGACGAGUUGUUGUUCUCCGCGUUGGGCCUGACCAUGGACACAGGUGUCGAGAGGCAACUGUUCUCCACGAAUUCCACGAGUUUCGCAUGCGACUACGAGGCAUCCUCUUGCAGAACGACGCCACGCAGCGAUGACUCGGAGACCGUCGAUCAAUCGAAUAAUGUAGGGAACACGAUCGAGUGUUACACGGAUCUGACUUGUCCGGCGAAGACAUCUUGGAACGAAUGGUCUGAUAACAAUUCAACGCCACUGUCAGGUACAGGAUGUCUAAGCGAACUAAGCGAACUGAGUGAGUUAGACUCGGAGUUGGAAUGGUGUUUAGACAGAAGCUGGAACUCGGGUCUUCCAGACAGGACACCGUUGUGCACAGCAGGCUGCGAGGGUUUUCUACACCUUCCUCUGCCCAACCCACAGCAAACGUUUCAACGAGAGGAACCAUUAUGGGUGCUUGGGAUCGAUUUGAGAGCCCUCGAUGAUACCUUGGAAGCCAGCGGUAUAGAUUAUAACAAUAAUCAAGUAGAAGAAAAUAUUUCGUCAGCAGCUGCCGCGGCACUAGCAACCCACGACUACACUAAUCGCAGUUUGGCGAACGCGGCUGAGGAUCGAUGCUUUCCUUGCACUUAUCAAGGAUGCGUCAAGGUCUAUGCAAAGGCGUCCCACUUGAAAGCUCACCUACGUCGGCACACAGGCGAGAAACCAUUUGCCUGCACGUGGUCCGGUUGCGGAUGGCGGUUCAGCCGAUCCGAUGAACUAGCCAGGCAUAGACGAUCGCACUCAGGCGUAAAGCCUUAUCCAUGCGAAAUGUGCUCGAAGAGGUUCGCGCGCAGCGACCACUUAGCCAAACAUCGUAAAGUGCACAGAAAGAACACUUACCCAUUGUUUCACGGAGGAAGAGGGCUACGCGGAGAAAAGAUGAAUUCCAUUCUACCAGCGGAGAUUUAGUCAAUUUAUCUUAUAUAAUAUAACUGACGAUGAUUGUAUUGAGCGUCGGAAGAAUUUUCUUUCGGAUUUCUCGAAUUUGCAGCUUCGUUGCUUCCUUGCGAUGAUAUUUAAUCGGGAAAUCGGGAAGAAAGUGUUUAGUUCUCGAUGCGUGCAAAUUAUGGAAAAUGAUUUCCGUGUUGAAGUUUUAGAGAGAAAAUAUAAUUCAAACUGAAUUAAGUGACAAAAUUUAUAAUGCGACAAUAAAUUGUUGAAAAUACGAUAAAUUGUUUGUUGAUUAUUUAAUACGAUUUAAACGAGUAAUUGUAAAAUACAACAUUAGUUAGAACCAAACUGUGAAAACCUCAAGUUCUUGAUGAAGAUUAUUGCUAGAUAUACCAAAAAUACGCCUAAUCAUCGUCGCAAAUGUGCCUCAGUAUCAUAUAUAUAUCAUCAAAAGUGAGAGCUUUUAUGUAAUAAAUGGAAUUUC